AAAAAAAGGCAGACUGGACAGUUGUUGUGCAGAAGAAGGAGCUCGCUGCUAUUAUCGCCGAGGCUGCCAUAGCUGCUCCUUUACAGAGUUUACUCCAGGCUUUUUUAUGACAUGUACAUCAAACGUGAAUUGUUCCCCGAUUCACUGAAGAGUACUGGUGAAGAGGAGUGGUCAGGGACGGAGAUCAUUUAUGCACUUUUAGGCUCGACGUCGCCUUGAACGCACCGCAGCACCAUCGCAGAGCCUCAAGUGCGUUUUUUAUCUCUCGAAGUUGUGUCAAGCGGGCGAUGAUUCGCAUCUGAUUGUUGCUCAACUAUCUGGAGAGGACUGCAGACGGGCAAACGCUGCAUUGUGGCAACCGAGACGCUGAUUCCUGCCCGAGAAUUGCACAAUCCGUUCUCCCCAAAAUGUCACAUCAUGCGAAAGUCAAGAAGGACAAAGAGAUUAUUGCCGAAUAUGAGACCCAAGUGAAAGAGAUCCGUAACCAGCUGGUGGAGCAGUUCCGUUGUCUGGAGCAGCAGUCUGAGUCUCGGCUGCAGCUGCUGCAGGACCUGCAGGACUUCUUCCGUCGAAAGGCCGAACUCCAGCUGGAGUACUCCAGAGGCCUGGACAAACUGGCCGAGCGUUACUCUGCCAAGAUCCGCACCUCCAGAGAGCACCAUCACUUCAAAAAGGACCAGAACCUCCUAUCCACUGUGAACUGCUGGUAUUUGGUCUUGGAGCAGACCAGGCGGGAGAGCAGAGACCACGCCACUCUCAGCGACAUCUACAACAACAACGUCAUUGUCCGCCUGGCACACGUGGGCGAGGAUGUCAUCAGACUCUUCAAAAAGAGCAAAGACAUCGGGGUGCAGAUGCACGAGGAGUUGGUGAAAGUCACCAAUGAGCUCUACACUGUGAUGAAGACGUACCACAUGUACCACACUGAGAGCAUCAGUGCUGAGAGCAAACUGAAGGAGGCAGAGAAACAGGAAGAGAAGCACAUCGGCAAGGCCAACGACAUCGGUUCCAGCCUGCUGCGAUACGGUCACGAUGAACGUCCACAGAGACGGAGCUCCGUCAAGAAGAUGGAGAAAAUGAAGGAGAAGAGACAAGCCAAGUACUCUGAAAACAAGCUGAAAUGCACAAAGGCCCGGAACGACUAUCUCCUCAAUCUGGCAGCUACCAAUGCCCUGGUGGCCAAAUACUACAUCCAUGAUGUCUCAGACAUGAUAGAUUGUUGCGAAUUAGGUUUCCAUGCAAGCCUGGCGCGCACCUUGAGGACCUACCUGUCUGCAGAGUAUAGUCUGGAGACUUCUCGCCAUGAGGGUCUGGACCUGCUAGAAGGAGCCGUAGAUGCCAUGGACAUUAGAGGAGACAAGCUGAAGUUUAUGGACACGCACAGCCAGAUUUUCUGUCCUCCAGCACGCUUUGACUAUCAGCCACACAUGGGGGAUGAGGUGUGUCAGGUGAGUGCACAGCAGCCUGUCCAGACGGAGCUCUUGAUGCGCUACCACCAGCUGCAGUCUCGCCUGGCCACUCUGAGGAUAGAGAAUGAAGAGGUGAGGAAGACACUCGACGCCACCAUGCAGACACUUCAGGACAUGCUCACAGUGGAGGAUUUUGAUGUUUCCGAGGCCUUCCAGCACAGCCAGUCCACAGAGUCGGUCAAAUCGGCGUCCUCUGACUCCUACAUGAGCAAGGCCAACAUCGUUAAGAGACGAGCCAAUCAGCAGGAGACCGAGGGCUUCUACUUCACUAAAUACAAGGAGUACUUGAAUGGCAGCAAUCUCAUUAUCAAACUUCAGGCCAAGCAUGACCUUUUGAAGCAGACGCUAGGAGAAGGGGAGAGGGCUGAAUAUGGAACAACAAGGCCCCCCACUCUUCCCCCUAAACCCCAGAGAAUGCGGAAGUCUAGACCUCGCUCCAUUUUUAACCGUAAGCUGUUUAACGGCAAUAUGGAGGCCUUCAUUCAGGACUCAGGGCAGCCUAUACCAGUGGUGGUUGAGAGCUGCGUUAGAUACAUCAAUCUGUAUGGUCUCCAGCAGCAAGGUAUAUUUAGGGUUCCAGGCUCCCAGGUCGAAGUCAAUGAUAUUAAAAAUGCAUUUGAAAGAGGAGAGGAUCCGCUGGUGGAUGAUCAGGCUGAUCAUGACAUCAACUCUGUGGCAGGCGUUCUUAAACUCUACUUCAGGGGGCUGGAAAACCCGCUGUUCCCUAAAGAGCGUUUCCUCGACCUUAUAUCAACAACCAAGCUUGACUCAGGAGCAGAACGAGCUCAUCACCUUCAGCAGAUAAUUGUGACUCUUCAGCGGCCCGUGAUCAUCGUCAUGAGAUACCUGUUUGCAUUUUUAAACCAUCUUUCUCAGUACAGUGAUGAGAACAUGAUGGACCCCUACAACCUGGCCAUUUGCUUUGGCCCUACACUGAUGCCAAUACCAGAUGACCAGGACCCUGUGGCCUGCCAGGCGCAUGUUAAUGAGAUCAUUAAGACCAUUAUCAUCCACCAUGAGGUCAUUUUCCCGGCUCAGCACGAGUUGGACGGACCUGUGUAUGAAAAGUGCAUGACUGGUGGGGAAGAGUACUGUGAAAGCCCCCACAGUGAGCCAGGAGCUCUUGACGAUGUCGACAAUGGUACCGGGCCCAACACCAGUGAUGAGGAGCUGGAGCAGAUCGAGGCCAUCGCAAAGUUUGACUAUGUGGGCCGAAGUCCGAGAGAGCUUUCCUUCAAGAAGGGAGCCUCUCUGUUACUCUACCUACGAGCCUCUGAGGACUGGUGGGAGGGCCGACAUAACGGUGUGGAUGGACUGAUUCCACAUCAGUACAUUGUGGUACAAGACAUGGAUGAUGCAUUCACAGAUAACAUUCAGAGGCCUGAUAGUGCAGCCAGCAGUGGACCUCACCAUGAUGAAAGGGCCUUGUCUAGAAAUGACCGCCAAUCCCCGUGUGAUCAAACACCUGAGCACCGCUUUGCAGCAGCAUUGGGAAGGGCGAGGGUGCGAUCAGAUGGAGCUGCAGGUCCGCGCCACAGGAACGGCGCCGACAGUCACAGUCCCACCAGAGCUCCAGACCAGCCCCCUAGGGUUAUGCCUCGGCCCUGCAGCCCACACAAACUAGCAGUUUGCAGGGGCCCAUCAGACAGCCCGGAGAAACGGCGUCUUGGCACCUUUGGCAGUGCUGGCUGCAUCAACCACCCGGACAGAAAGGCUUUCUUGGACAGCCACUCUCAACGAUCUUCACCCAGCACCACUCGGCACGCGAGUUUAGGAGAUCACAAAACCCUUGAGGCUGAAGCGCUCGCUGAGGACAUAGAGAAAACAAUGAAUACAGCUCUCCAUGAGUUGCGUGAGCUGGAGCGACAGAAUGUAGCCAAACAUGCCCCUGAUGUUGUAUUGGACACAUUGGAGCCCCUCAAACACCCGGGGGCCCAGGAUCCGCCCGGCAGCCCUCUCCACACCAUGGUGAUCCGUGAUCCGGACGCAGCCCAGCGCCGUAGCAGCAGCAGCUCCUCCUCCGAGACCAUGACCACUUUUAAACCUGCUAUAACGGCACGUAGACCGAGUGCACCUCUAAGGCCCCCGCCUGUCAGACCCGUCCGGCCCGCUCCUGUGAUUGGACAGGGCCAGGGGCCACACCGCUCCAGCAGCUCUAGUUCCUCCGGUCUGGGCAGCCCAGGCAUCACUCCCACUGACAGGGUCUUUCCCAAACCGCCCUCCCCAUCACCAUCCACCUCCUCCUCCUCCUCAGACAAACAAGGUAACAUGUAGCUCCCAUCAGUCACAAGUCAAGUGGUUGAAGAACACUGUGGAUACCAAGUGAUUGUGAUUAGCAUCACGCCCCUGCACCUCUUUUUGACAGCAAAACAAACAUUGACACCCGGACUGUAUGAUGAAUAUUUACCACUAAUCUUCUAUAGUGUAGGACAGCUACUGCUGGUUACUGACAACUCUGUGCCCACACAUUAACUUGUUGUUGGACAAGUUGAUGUACUGUUUUACAAUAUUACACAAUUUAAAUCUAAGAGAAUAAUUUUAUAGAAUACUAUCGUGCUGAACAGCCAUGCUGGAUUAAAAAAAAAAAAAAAAAAGGGAUGCACUGGAAAAUGCUUCUGUUUACUAAAAUCUGACAAUGAAACAUCUCAUGUUAUUAGGUUACAAAAAUGCUGUGAGCUUGGACUAUGUGUCCGGUUCCAUGUUCCAUUACGAGGGAACACAUUAUGUGGGAAUAUCUCACCACUCAUUGUGUAGACAUCCAGUCUGUGCUGGUGGUUGAUGUAGUCUAUUAAAGUUAUACAUUAACUCCUUGGGCAUCAUGCUCCUUAGAGAGCCUGUCCCACAGCGCCGGCAUAUUACAGCAGAUGUAAGGUUGUCAACAACAAGCAGACACCAGAGCUGUGUCUGAAAUAACUCUCUGUUUACUCUGCAGUGCUCUAUAUUAACUGUUCGCCAGUUUAUUCCAGUGUCUGAAUUUGAAUUGAGUGGGAAAUUUACUCCUACUGUAUGUAGUACCCUCAAAAAUCUAUUAAUGAAUUGAAAGAAAGAAGUGUGCUAACCAUAGGUGCAAAUGGUCACAUUUUACAGAUGUGAAAAGUACCAGUUUUAAGGAUUACUGAACUGACCCAAAAGAGUCAGAUCCCCCCCUUGGCCUUCACCUACAAAAUGUUGCUAAAAAAAAAGACACUUAAAAACCCAACACAGAAUCUUAAAACAGCCACAAAGAGACAUAAAUGGAAAUGGAAAUGGAGAACAGCUGUGAGGAGACAUAAAGAGACCAUGAAGACAUUCUCAACUACAGAAAAGGAGCAAAAACAGCCACAAAGAGACACAAAACAACUAUAAAGGGUUAAACAACUAUAAAGUCUCUGUCUUGCUCCUGUGUGAGAGAGGUGUUUGCAUGUCUGUGCCCUGGGACUUGUCUCAUAAUCCGCCCGUGCACCAGGCCUAUUAGUGAUGGUGGAAAAAAUGCUGAUUCAUAAGUGUUGGAAAUCUAAAUUUAUUGUUUAAUUUAGAGUAAACUAUGAAAAUUUAAUGUCUGUUUUAUGGGGAGCGAGAGAGCGAUUUUAGACACAGCACAUGGAUGAAUGGUUUAACCAGGGUAGAACUGCAUUACUGUAUCAAAACCACUAUUUAAAAAAAAAAAAAUCCGAAUGGAAAUAUGAAAAACAGACUAGACUGCUUGCUAAAACCCAACACCCAACACCAAUCCAACCUGAGGAUACUGAGUAUGAAGAGGACGGCACCAACUGUCACUGGGAUUGGCCAAUUUUAGAUUGAGAAAAGCUAAAAUUACACAAAAAUCCUGCAAAGAAGCGGCUUUAAAGUUAAUGGAAUAUCCUCCAACUUCUCUCUUGAAAUGCUCAAAUAUAUAUAUAUAUUUUUACAAGAGUGUGAAGUUCCAAAGAGACCUUCAAAACUCAUUUUCAUUGUCAUCAGGCCAAUAGCUGGGGUUUGGGCAAGGUAGCAGUGCAUCAGCACAACCAACGACACACUGAGACCUGAGCCUUUCUUUGUUGCAUUUUCUCAACAGUGGACCAGGACUGUGACUCUGAUAUUCGAUACAUUCAUCGUGUUUACUGCAUGACAGUACUGGCAAACUGUUUCUAAAGUUAUGUUUUGAGUCUGAUAACAGGAGAGCCAGUAUCUCUGAAAAAAACUAUAUUUUUCCUUCAUUCAUUAAUGUCAGAAUAGGCCAGUGGAUGGCAGAAGCAGACCAGGCUGCAAGGCUGCACAGUUACACAUACAGACAACAUUGACCAUUAUUGUGGACAUUGUAGACAUGCCACCACUAUAACUAAUACAAGGGAAAAAAUAUGAAAAUCAGCAAACUGUUCUUACAAUAUAUAGUCAUCUCUUUGUAUAAAAAGAUUAGCUGUGUUACCUCAAUAAACAAGUAAAACGUUCUCCUACAAUUCAAGUGGCUAAUGCACUUAUAAACACUACAGGGAACUGUGCUGCAUUUGUAGGUUCUGUGUUUUCAUUUCGAUGAAAUUGUACUAGAAACAUGAUAUAGCACAUCAGUAUCAUUGAAGCUUACAUUAUGUCUAGAUUGCACGCGGUUGGUUCGGGCUGUGUGGGUGUUUAGAUGAACUUGUUUACUGUUGGUGGUGUUUGUCGUCUGUCUUAUAAGGAUGAUCAAUAUAUCUUUAAAGUGUAAUAGGUACAUUGAAUUGAAUAUAUAUACAUACUGUUAAAGGAUACUUGUAUAAAUAACAUUGUAUGAUAGGAACAGGAUAUAUUAUCAUGUCUAGUCUGUAGAUUUUUGUAACUCUUAUCCUUGCACAAACAUUAACAAAACAAUAAAUCGGUGAAAGCUCA